GCGAGGUAGUAGCAAACGUCCAAACCGAACGAUGAAUGCCCUUCGCGUGCAUCGAGGCGCGCUCAGCAUAGUGAGCACAUCUGGGAACCGCCGCUCAAGCUCCACCCAGGCUCAAAUGGCGGCCCUCCUACACCUACAAGAACCCUCCCAGCAAAAAACGCGUGCGCCAGCCAACCUCUGCUGCACUCGCACACCACCGCCGAGUGAACUUUGAUCUUUCAUAGGUCCGCGUAGCCGAUGGGCUCGCGCGCGCUCGCCGUGCUCUGCCUCGUGGCCGUCCUGCUCGUGCCCGCGCUCGCUGUGCCUGGAGGCGGCGACGACGGCUGCGAGGCGGAGUCGGCCGGGCGCGACAAGGCGCAGGCGCUGCGGCUCAAGAUCAUCGCCAUCUUCUGCAUCCUCGCGGGGAGCGCGAUCGGGGCGGGCCUGCCGUCCCUGGGGCGCCGGUUCCCGGCGCUCCGGCCGGAGACGGACCUCUUCCUCGCCGUCAAGGCCUUCGCGGGCGGCGUCAUCCUCGCCACGGGGAUGGUGCACAUCCUGCCCGCCGCCUUCGAGGCGCUGCGGUCCCCGUGCCUCGUGGGCGGGCCGUGGAAGCGCUUCCCGUUCGCCGGGCUGGUCGCCAUGCUCGCCGCGGUCGCCACGCUCAUCGUGGACACCGUCGCCACGGGGUACUUCCACCGGACGAACGCCAAGCGGGCCGCCGCCGUCACCGACGAGCCGGCGCAUGACGACCCGGAAUCCGCCCCCGACGGGCACGCGCACGGCAUGUCGGUGCUCGCCGCCCCGCCCGACGGCGACGAGCUCGUGCGCCACCGCGUCAUCUCUCAGGUGCUGGAGCUGGGCGUGGUUGUCCACUCGCUCAUCAUCGGGAUGUCGCUGGGUGCCUCCGACUUCCCGAGCACGGUGCGGCCGCUGGUGCCGGCGUUGACGUUCCACCAGCUCUUCGAGGGCAUCGGCCUCGGAGGCUGCAUCGUUCAGGCCAAGUUCCGGCUCAAGUCCGUGGUGGCGAUGGGUCUGCUCUUCUCGCUGACGACCCCGGCGGGGAUCGGCGUCGGCAUCGCGAUAUCCUCGGUGUACGACGAGAGCAGCCCGACGGCGCUGGUGGUGCAGGGGCUGCUGGAGGCGGCCGCGGCGGGGAUCCUGGUGUACAUGGCGCUGGUGGACAUCCUGGCCGAGGACUUCAGCAAGCCCAGGGUGCAGAGCAGGGCGCGGCUGCAGCUCGCGCUCAACGUCUCGCUGCUGCUCGGGGCCGGCCUCAUGUCCCUGCUCGCAGUCUGGGCCUGACCGCGCGUGGGAGAUCACCUUCUGAACUCAACUGUUUAGGUGGCUGACCUUGGUAGGCAAUCGAUCAGUAGCCCUUUUGGUUAGGCUGGAGCUCAAAGUUUGGAGUACAGCAAGGGACCAUGGAAUACAAGGCUGCCGGGCUAGCACACACUGAUUCAGAUGCUGAACAGAGGAGCGGAGUCUCAUCGCGUUCGUUGUUGCUUUGCGGAUGAGCGGUCGUUAGCGAAGAGGAGAGUUUUUUCUUUUCUUUUUGAGAAAAAGCGAAAUGCAGAGUUGUGAAAGAUUCCCCUCGAAUAUAAUCCAGUUGUCUGUAGGUGCUUUCAGCA